GGGUGGUAAAAACCUACCAAGCUACAACUCCUCUUUACUUUCUUUCUUUCCGUAUCUUCCUCUGCACUUUUGCCGCUCAUUUGUCUGCUGGGAAUUCGCCAAAUUCCUCAAAAUCCCAACUCCUCUUUAACUCUAUCUAUUUAAUCCCGUAAUUGGGUCCUUAUUUUUCACAAUUUCUUGAGCAAAAACGAGAUCCAUAAACCAUGGCGUGCAUUUUUUCGCAAAGUUUUGUACCUGUCUGUAAUGGUGUUAAUACGGAGUUCUUCCACAGUCAUACUCAUCUAUUCCGGAAGUUCUCAAAUUUUAGUUGUUUUCGCGCCGGACCCCUCAUCUGGGACUCUGCAAAUAGUGGGCAUGGUGGUAGCUUUGCCCGACUUCGCCGCAGUUGGACAGCCACCGGCGACGGUUAUCGUCAGUCGGGCUUUCCUGUUUUUCAUUGCGUUGCUUCGAGUAACGGAGCCCCCUCUGCUUCUGUGGAAAGAUUGUCUGUGUUGGUUAUUGGAGGAGGGGGAAGGGAGCAUGCCCUUUGUUAUGCUCUUAAACGAUCUCCGUCCUGUGAUGCUGUUUUUUGUGCUCCUGGAAAUGUUGGAAUUUCCAACUCCGGUGAUGCAACUUGUAUUGAGGACCUCGAUGUUUCUGAUAGCUCAUCUGUUAUUGACUUCUGCCGUAAUUGGGGAAUUGGUAUGGUUGUGGUUGGACCGGAGGCUCCUCUUGUAGCUGGUCUGUCUAAUGAUCUUGUUAAGGCUGGGAUUCUUACUUUUGGCCCUUCUUCGGAAGCUGCUGCUUUAGAAGGUUCGAAGGACUUCAUGAAACGGUUGUGCGACAAAUAUGCUAUUCCAACUGCUAAGUAUCAAACAUUUACAGACGCGUUGGCUGCAAAAGCUUAUAUUGCAGAACAAGGUGCUCCUAUUGUUGUUAAAGCUGACGGCUUAGCUGCUGGGAAAGGAGUCAUUGUUGCUAUGACACUAGAGGAGGCGUAUGAAGCAGUCGACUCAAUGCUUGUGAAAAAUGUAUUUGGAUCUGCUGGUUGCCGUGUCAUCAUUGAGGAGUAUUUGGAAGGAGAGGAAGCAUCGUUCUUUGCUCUAGUAGAUGGAGAGAAUGCCAUACCUCUAGAAUCGGCCCAGGACCAUAAACGAGUCGGUGAUGGUGACACGGGACCCAAUACUGGUGGAAUGGGAGCUUAUUCUCCAGCUCCCAUCUUGACGAAAGAACUCCAAUCUGUUGUCAUGAACUCUAUAAUUCUCCCUACGGUCAAAGGAAUGGCUGCAGAAGGCUGCAAAUUUGUUGGUGUCUUAUACGCAGGGCUGAUGAUUGAGAGAAAGUCUGGAUUACCGAAGCUGAUUGAGUAUAAUGUGCGCUUUGGAGACCCCGAGUGCCAGGUGUUGAUGGUCCGUCUUGAGUCUGAUCUGGCACAAGUUCUACUUGCAGCAUGCAAGGGAAAGCUCAGCGGCGUGUCUCUCAACUGGUCUCCCGGAUCAGCCAUGGUCGUCGUCAUGGCCAGUAACGGGUACCCUGGAAGCUACAAGAAAGGUACAGUCAUUCUAAACCUUGAAGAAGCAGAGCAAGUGGCGCCAACCGUUAAGGUCUUCCAUGCGGGUACCACACUCGACUCUGAUGGGAACUACAUUGCUAGUGGUGGCCGUGUUCUCGGGAUCACUGCCAAAGGUGUCGAUCUUGAAGAGGCCCGAGAUAGGGCCUACCUCGCGGUCGAGCAAGUUAACUGGCCGGGAGGUUUCUACCGACGAGAUAUUGGUUGGAGAGCGCUACGUACACAGAAACAACACGCGACAGAAGGUUAAAAGGUGUGUUGAAACUUAAGGUUACGGAGUUAAUUUUGGGUGACAACCAUCCGAAUUCGGAGAGAAUGGUCAUCUGGGAGACAUUGAAAAGAUAAACACGAGCAGCCAUCGUCCGGGUUUACUGAAACUUGGAGGAUUCUCACAGAUUUUUGGACAUAAUAAAACAUUGUGAGCAAAGUAAGCAAUAUAUAGUUCAUUCGAUGUAAGAGGGGUGAAAACUCAACAUUGGAAGAGUGGUCUCACUUUUGAUGUCUUGCUGUAGACAAAACAUGUUUGUUGGAUAAUGGAUUAUUCAUGCAUGUAAUCCAUUGUUUGUAAACCUUGAUAAU